UCUCUUUUUUUGAGCUUCAAGUCUUCACUUUCACUCCACUUGAAAUUCUCUCUCCUCUCUCUCUCUCUCUCUUUCUCCUUCCAUUCAUCUCCAAGACUCCAACCAUUAGAGGGCGAAGACAAAAAACUCAUUGGAUUUUCAGAAAUCCCACCAUCUGCUUCUCUCUGACACUGGUUCACUAAAUUGUUCAGUAGAUAUGUUCGUGCAUUUUAGAAAUCAAAUCCUACCGUUAGAUACUUUCCUGUUCAUGUUCAUGUUCUGGUGCAUUUCUCCAUUUCUCUGAUAACUUCUUCAACCGUAUCAAUUCUUCUUUUCCUCUUUUUAGGCUGUAUUCAUGUUCUGUUGUUUUCCCCAUUAAUGGCUGCUGCUACUACUACUGCUGCUCAAACCUUUCAGAACAACAACAAUAACCUAGGGGACGUUAGCAGGGAGGAUAUCCAGCUCGCCAUUGCCAAAGCUGUGGAGCUGAGAGCUUUUCAUGCUUCUUUGAUGCAAGGAAAUAGCCCUGUAAAUUUCAGGUUUCCCAGCUCCGUUUUUCCUCCUCUUUCACGACCCCUCUCUCAGUUCUCGGCUCAAGAUUACCCUGUUUUUACUCCGUUGGGCAAAUUUGAACAGAGUUACGAAGAGGAGCCAUUACCUGCGUAUCAACACUUCCAACUGGAGAACAGAACUUUGUCGGAAUACACAGAUGCUUAUGGGCUAGAAGUAGGAGACGAGUGUAACGCAGAUCUGUUCGACAAUUUAAAGGAUACUUCGUCUUCGAGAAAGGGGUUUCCUUCUGGUUUGUUUGGCAGAGAGCCUCCUAUCUGUCAAGCUGAGGAUCAUAAAUCCGUAACCAGUUCUUGCACUAACCACAUUUCCUCCCUUCAGACAUCCUCUGACACAAAUUUCUUAAAAUCUAGAAGGAGAACUGGUUCGGGGGAUUUCAAAUCUGUCACGACUUGCAAUAGAUGCAAGCCUGCAAUUAUCACCAGUGAAAGCGAGAAUGGAUCCAAAGGUGUCAAGAAUUCUAACAGUGUAGUCCCGUUGACCGAUUCUCACUUACCAGUUCAGUCUCAACCAAAGAACAAGGGAGCUAUCAUGUCGUGGUUAUUUCCUCGGUUGAAGAAGAAGCACAAGAAGGAAACAUCCCCAAACCGAACGGAAUCUGAAGAAGUCUCUCAGUCUCAGUCUCAGAUGUUCAGGGAAUUGGGUAUAAUGUCGGUAGAAUCGCUGAAGAAAGAAUUGAUUGAAGCCAAUGAGCAUAGAGAUGCAGCCUUGAUGGAGGUUUCCGAGAUGAAGUCUUCGUUGGUGGAGCUGAAACAGAAGCUGGAGUACCUGGAGUCCUACUGUGAAGAGCUGAAGAAGGCUCUGAAACAAUCAGUCCCCGAAAAGGAAGUUCCAGUUCCUGAAAAGUCUAGUAAUCUGCUCAAGAGAGGGAAGUCGGCUGAUGGGAACAGUGAAACUCUCAUGCCUGUUAGCCAUGAAGUAAUGGUAGAGGGCUUCCUGCAAAUUGUCUCUGAAGCUAGAUUAUCAGUUAAACAGCUGUGCAAAACUCUUGUGGAGCAGAUUGAAGAAACAGAUAGUAAUUUGGUGGAGAAGCUAAAUUUGCUUCUUGAACCAUACAAACUGGCUCUCAACUCCAAGUAUUCAAAAGCAGUGUUCUACCAUUUAGAAGCAAUUAUAAAUCAGUCCCUGUUCCAGGAUUUUGAGAACUGCACAUUUCAGAAGAAUGGCUCACCCAAAAUCCUAGAUCCUAAGCAAGAUCGCCAAGCUAAGUUCGCAUCGUUUGUCGCGCUGAGAAACUUGAGUUGGAAUGAAGUUCUACACAAGGGAACUAAGUACUACAGUGAAGAAUUCAGUAGGUUCUGUGAUCAUAAGAUGAGUUGCAUCAUUUCUACACUGCAUUGGACUAGACCAUGGUCUGAGCAGCUUCUCCAGUCAUUCUUUGUGACUGCCAAGUGCAUUUGGUUGCUCCAUUUACUUGCAUUUUCAUUUAAUCCCCCAUUGGGAAUCCUGAGAGUUGAAGAGAAUAGAAGCUUCGAUUCCCUCUACAUGGAGGAUAUAUUCAAUGAAAGGAAGAAAUCACAAACCCCAAGUAGAGUUAAGAUCAUGGUGAUGCCAGGGUUUUAUGUUCAGGAUAGGGUACUGAGGUGUAAGGUUCUGUGUAAGUAUAAAAGUUUAGCUUAAGUAGUCAUUCAUUUCUGUAUCAUUAUUGUUGUUGUUCCCUGGUUGGCAUGGGGCCAGCCAAGGGGUGUAUCAUUUGUUCAGCUGUUCGUGUUUGUACCUUUCAAAUUUAAGCUAAUAAAUAUUCAAAGAAGGGGUUUCUUUUAUUUCA